AUGUCAGCAAGCAAAGCAUCCCGUCUAGGGGAAGAGACGAGGAUCGAAAAAGUUAACGCCGAACUAGUCGUCCUCACGUACGGAACCAUAGUUGCGCAGAUAUGCAAGGACUUCGAGAAUGACUAUGCCGAAGUCAACAAGCAGCUGGAUAAGAUGGGAUAUAACAUUGGUCUCCGUCUGAUCGAGGACUACCUGGCCAAGUCUAACACGAUGCGCCGGUGCUCCAACUUUCGUGAAACCGCAGAGAUGAUCGCUAAGGUCGGAUUCAAGAUAUUCCUCAACGUCACCCCGACAAUCACAAACUGGACGAGCGACAACAAGCAAUUCUCCCUCGUUUUCGACGAAAACCCUCUCGCCGACUUUGUCGAACUUCCCGAUGACGGCCGGGCUCAAGAACAGCUCUGGUUCUCGAAUAUCCUCUGCGGUGUACUACGAGGCGCUCUCGAAAUGGUACAAAUGCAAGUCGAGACCCACUUCAUCAGCGACGUGCUCAGGGGCAACGAUACGACCGAGAUGCGCGUCACUCUCGUACGCUAUAUCGACGAUGAGCUUCCUCCCGAGGACGACUAG